UGAAACGCGACACUCGCUUGUUUUCCGACCUCAUCCACUCUAUGCGCCGAAGGCUGUUCAAGCGCGAAUCCAGUUCGCAAUAAUGCCGAUUGGUGCGCUUCAUCCUGUGAGAGCCAAUCUCUGUUGUUAUUCAGCGCCCAUCAGAUUCAAGAAUUGCCCAGCUGUUUUACCUCCGUCUUCGUCUUGGUUGAACAAAAGUGUUGCUCCGGGAAUCUCGUCGCGUAGAAAUGGGCUUUUUCUUUCUCGGGCUGAAGAUAAUGCUCGUGGUAGUUCUUAUACUUCCUCAACGCAGCCGCAAUCGAGCUCAGAUGAUCAGGAACUGAAUCCUGCAGGGACAUGUGAUCCCUUAUGUUCUGUUGAUGAAACAAGCUCGGAAGAUUUUGAAGCCAAUUAUCAACCGAAGACAGAUUUUGUGAAAGCUCUUGCAGUUCUUGCAGCUGCUGGAACUGGAACACUUGCAAUAAAUCAUUCCUGGGUGGCAGACAACCAGGAUCUGGCAAUGGCGUUGCUCUUUGGAAUCGGUUAUGCAGGAAUUAUAUUUGAAGAAUCCCUUGCCUUCAAUAAAAGUGGAGUGGGACUUCUGAUGGCUGUCAGCUUGUGGGUUAUACGAAGCAUUGGGGCCCCUUCAACUGAGGUUGUUGUUUCAGAGUUGUCUCGAGCAUCAGCUGAAGUCAGUGAAAUAGUGUUUUUCUUGCUAGGUGCAAUGACCAUUGUUGAGAUAGUUGAUGCUCAUCAAGGUUUCAAGCUGGUAACAGACAAUAUCACCACCCGCAAGCCGCGAACUCUUCUUUGGGUGGUAGGUUUGGUUACAUUUUUUCUGAGUUCAAUACUCGACAACUUGACGUCUACUAUAGUCAUGGUGUCGCUGUUGAGAAAAUUGGUGCCACCUUCUGAAUACCGGAAGCUUCUUGGUGCUGUAGUUGUUAUAGCAGCGAAUGCUGGUGGAGCAUGGACACCGAUCGGAGAUGUCACCACCACUAUGCUCUGGAUACACGGUCAAAUAUCCACAUUGCAGACAAUGAAGGACUUGGCAAUACCUUCAGCUGUUUCGCUAGCUGUUCCUCUGGCUCUCAUGUCCCUCACAAGUGAAGUUAAUGGGAAAGCUCAGAGUUCUGCAGACGUUCUGGCAUCCGAACAGAUGGCCCCUCGAGGCAAGCUAGUCUUCUCCAUCGGAAUCGGCGCAUUGAUAUUCGUCCCAGUUUUCAAAGCUUUGACGGGCUUGCCCCCUUACAUGGGCAUGCUGCUCGGAUUGGGCGUUCUUUGGAUACUCACCGAUGCAAUCCACUACGGCGAAUCUGCAAGGCAGAGGCUGAAAGUACCACAGGCGUUGUCAAGAAUCGACACUCAGGGAGCCCUUUUCUUCCUCGGCAUCCUUCUAUCAGUCAGCAGUCUCGAGGCAGCAGGUAUUCUUCGGGAGCUAGCUAACUACCUCGACACCCACAUUCCAAAUAUCGAACUGGUUGCUAGUUCAAUCGGUGUUGUCUCAGCAAUCAUAGACAACGUCCCGUUGGUCGCAGCAACAAUGGGAAUGUACGACCUAUCGUCAUUUCCCCAAGACUCCGAAUUCUGGCAGCUCAUAGCCUACUGCGCUGGAACCGGCGGAUCCAUGCUUGUCAUCGGCUCGGCUGCCGGCGUCGCCUAUAUGGGAAUGGAGAAAGUGGACUUCUUCUGGUACCUAAGAAAGGUCAGCGGCUUUGCCCUCGCCGGAUAUGCUGCUGGAAUCGCUGCAUAUUUGGCCGUCCAUAACAUCCACAUUUCCAUUCCGACGACUCUUGCUCAGUGACUGCAUCUUUCAUGGAAGGUCUACUCUGAGGUACCAACGAGGCACACCUAAACCCUAAUUCAGCCCACGCCUGCGUGGCCUCCUCACGGCCAGCGACGUCGCCCAUCCUCAGAGCCCGGCCUGCAUCCUCGGCAUUGGACCACCGGCCGAGCUCCCGGCUGGAGAAAGCUCUUCCGGUUAGAAGCUCGAGCAACAAAAUCCCGAAAGAGUAGACAUCCCACUUCGGAUCCUGCUUCCCGCCUCGACUGUAGAUGAGCGAUUCCGGUGCAUGAUACGGCGACAGGCAUCUGGCCAAUGCGGUAGGGGAUCCCGUCGAGGUUGUGGAUUUACGGCCGUUAGCGAGCCAAUGGACGCCGAAGUCGCUGAUCAGAGGCUCCAUCUCGGACGUCAAGAGAAUGUUGCUUGGCUUGAUGUUGCCGUGGACUUGCUUCUUGUCGUGUAUGAAACUGAUCCCUCUCGCGACGCCUCUUGCGAUCUUCAGACGAGUGUCGAACGACAGAUGAUUCGGGGACGAGCCGAGUUUUCCUGAAAAAGGUAUGACCAAAUAGGUUAGCCCCGAAACCGGAGGAUCCGCGAAAGCGAAGUGUUGAUCGAAGACUCACUGUAGCCGACGUUGGCCAAGCUGCCGUUGGAGAUGUAGUCGUAGAUCACGAGCUUUUCGUCGUCUCCCCAGUAGAAGCCGCGUACGCGGACAACGUUUGGAUGCUGGAUUUUGGCGAUGGCCUUGACGAGGCUGUCGAAUUCCUUCAUCCGGUUGAUUCUGCUCUCGCCGAUUCUCCUCACAGCGAAUGCCGUCCCGUCUUGAAGCACAGCUUUGUACACGAUGGUAUUGCCGCUCGUCCCGAGAACGUAUGCUGAAGCCUUCAACAACGUCUCAGGCUCCAUCUCAGUUUCGCCGUUGAUCAUCACGAGCGAUCUUUCGGUUGUCCUAAUCGAACGACGACGGUGAUUCUGGUUCUGGUUUUGGUUUUCCUGUCGAGGACCGACGACAUG